UUGUGUUGAGUCAGAAGCGAAGCACCGGAAUAGCAAGGGGAGGCUUUUUGAAAGGACUGGUUCUGAUUCAAUUUCCAGAAGAAGAAAGCUCAAUGCUACUUUUACCAAACAAUACUACUCAUUAUGUUGCUUCUGCUCAAACCCAGUUCAUUCACUAGAAUCACUACACAUCUCUCUCUCUCUCUCUCUCUCUCUCUCUCUCUAUGCAGCUCAAGUUCGGAGCCGAGGACGAUGUGAACGCCCCCAACAUUCCGGCCUCUUCAGGCCACAAAAACUUCUACACUGACCAAGCAAUGCACGUUGCUCUGCUCGGUAAUCGACAAAACGCCCAUCGGAGUGACAUUGCGAGGUACCCACUUGAUUUAACGGAGUGUAUGAUUGGGAGGGAAAUAGAUAACAGGAGGAUAAGGGAAGAGAUUUUGAACCUAGAGGUGUUUCGCCAGCGAAAGCUCGAGGAGGAGGUGAUCAGGGAAACGUUGAUAGAAAGGGAGAUGAUUUCGAUGCCGCGGGUGGGGUCUUUGGUGGAUUCUCUGCUGCGGCGGGAUGUGCCGGGAGCUCCAUUGCUUAGUAGAGGAGAUGGGUUUAGGACUGGGAUAGGAUUUGGGACCGAAUUGGAGGGUGGGAUUGAAGGGAGGUUGUCGUUGGCGGGUCCGAUGGACGACGGGGGUUUCAGAGGUUUUCAUCUUCAGGGGCAACCGAGAUCGGUUACGGUAAGUCGUGGUGUUAUUAAACCCACCAUUGACUUAGGAGAGGAACAGGUAGUCUCAAUGGUCAAUGUUGGAGCCAAGGACGAUGGAAACUGCCUCAACAGUCUGGCCUCUUCAGGCAACAAAACCUUCUACACCGAUCAACCAAUGCACGUUGCUCUGCCGGGUAUUCGUCAAAACGCCCAUCGAAGUGACAUAAUGAGGUACCGGUCUGAUUUGACUGGGUUUCUGAUUGGGAGGGAAAUAAAAAACAGGACGACAAGGGAAGAGAUGGAGAAAUUAGAGGUUUUCCGCCAACGAAAGCUUGAGGAGGAGGUGAUUAGGGAAAUGAGGAUGAGAAGGGAGAUUUCUAUGCCGCAGGUGGGAUUAGGGUUGUCUUUGGUGGAUUCUCUGCUGCAGCCAGAUGUACCGGGAGUUCCAUUGCUUAGAAGAAAAGAUGGGUUGGGGACUGGUAAAGGAUUAGGGACUGGGAUAGGAUUUGGGACUGAAUUGGAGCAUGGGAUUGAUGGUAGGUUGUUGUUGGCGGGUUCAAUGGACAAUGGGGGUUUCGGAGAUUUUCCUCUACAGGGGCAGCCGAGAUCGGCAGUUCAUAAUGAUGUUGCACUUAAACCCAUCAUCAACUUAAGAAAGGAACAGGUAGUCCCAAUGGUUAACCCUUCCCACUCAAGUGUUGCUGGGACAAAGAGGAGAUUUGAAGAACCAAUACCUCAAGUUGUAGAGGAUGAUGCUCCUUUGGUUAAUUUGAGGAAGAAGGCACGGAAGGAGUUGAAAUGUCCUCUCUGUCAGGUGACUGUCUCGUGCGAGCAGACUAUGGAGACUCACUUAAACGGAAAGAAGCACAAGGCAAAGGAGAGGAUGUUACAGGGAGCCAGUAAAGAUUCGCAGGAUUGUGAGGAUGUGGAUGUUGGAGUGGUGGAACUCACAGAGAUAUUGGACAAAACAGAUGCCCGUGCUCAAGACGUGAAAGAAAGACCAAAGGAGUUCAAUGCUGAUUCCAAGUCAUUGGUUGAUGAAAGUAAAAAUUCACAGGAUUGUGGGGAUGAUGUGGAUUUUGGAGUGCUGGAACACACAGAGAUAUUGGAGGAAACAAGUGCCAGCACUCAUGACGUGAAAGAAAGACCAAAGGAGUCGAAUGCUGAUUCCCAAUUCUACUGCAGAAUGUGCAAUUUUGGGACUAUGAGCGAAGAACUCAUGGAAGACCACCGGAUGGGAGAGAAGCACUGGAAUUUGUUGCAGCAAAAUGGUGGUUGUGUCAUUACCAUAAAAACCAUGCCUGAUAACAUGCAGUAUGCCAGGGAAAUCAAGGAUACAGCAUCCAGAGUAAUAUUCGAGUGAUUCUUACCUUUUAACAUUUGAAGCACAGAAAUAUUCUAUCAAGGAGUAGGUUUUCUGAAUCAACUAGAGAUGUUCGAUACCAAAAAAGAAAAAAAUGGACUCUCAAAAGAAUGGGAUGUAGUUUUUGGACCUUUUAUAUAUAUUUAUAUUUGGAGGGUAGUAUUUUGUAAACUCUGCUCGGCCUCUUCUUUUUCCCACUUAACCCCAGUGUCUUACUUAAGUACUUAUAGCGACUUAGGCCGGAGGAAAUAUGUUGACUCACGGUCUCACUCUGUUUAUGUCCUGUAAAGUCUGCCUUUAUAUUUUUAUGAAGGAGAAUAUUUCGUAA